AGAAAAUUCGAGUCUCGUUUACAGCUCACUACCCAAAAUCCACCGAAAAGAUGUCUUCUCCAGCAAUGAAGUAUUUCCCCAAGGCACAGACAGAGUUCAGUACGACGAUACCGAUGAUUGCCAAUGGCAAUGCCUUCCUCGGUGAUAUCUCAACCAGCCUUGACAAAGAAAAGCCGAUAUCGGCUGGGUUCUAUCGAUUGGAACCCGGCCCAGCGCUCGAUUACACAUAUACCUACGACGAGAUGAAGAUCAUCGUCUCGGGGUCGUUCGAUAUCACCGACGAGUCGGGAACGACAGCCCAUGCCGUGCCUGGGGACGUCUUCUACUUCCCCAAGGGCGCCAAGAUCCAUUUCGAGACGACUGAGGGGGGACUGGCAUUUUUCACGGGCCAAAGGGCGGAAGGCGGCGCAUGAAGAGGUGUAAUUAUUGCCAAAGCCUAUAUGUGGUUGGGCUGCUUAAGUGUGGGUGUGCCAGGAACUUGCACUGAUCGAAGAUAUAUUUGCAAAUCUCGAUGGACGAAUACCAGGUAGACCUAUACCGGAGGUCUUGUGGAAAUGUGAAUCAAAUUAAGGGACGCUUUUCGUCCCCAAUAUUAAUGAUAACGCCACGCUGUCAAAUCC